GACAGAGAGACAGAGAGAAACACAUAUACAUACACACACACGCGCACACACAGAGAGAGAGAGAGAGAAAGAGAGAGAGCGGUAUUAGCGAUUUGUGUUCAAAGAUGAAGAUUAAGUCAAGAUAGUGCCUGUGCCGUUUUCCAAACAGCAAUCUUAAUUAAGUUUAGCAGAAAUCAUAUGCCACACAGCCCUUUCUGUUUCAUAUGAAGUCGUUUAUCAAUAAUAACAAGUAACUGGGUAUAAAAUGUAGAUUUAGCUCAAAUAUGAAGAAAAAUCACUCCGCGGAUUGGGAAACAGUCGUUUCGAGCUGCCACCCUGAAUUUAACUGAAUUUAAGCAAAUACGGAAGUACGCGGGAGUGAAUGAUCUCGCCUCGCUCCUCUCCUUGAAUGCAGCCCGAAUAAUCCAAAUAAACAACUGUGGGAAAGAAGCUAGUGGCUGAAAACUGUUUUCUAGCUGUAAUAUAUAUACAUCUGUUUGUGUCAGACCUCAUCAUGUCGCAUAUGGAGAAACACUUAUUCAACCUCAAGUUUGCGGCCAAGGAGCUACAGCGCAACUCAAAGAAAUGUGACAAAGAGGAAAAGGCAGAAAAGGCUAAAGUGAAGCGGGCCAUCCAUAAGGGCAACAUGGAGGCAGCCCGGAUCCAUGCAGAGAACGCCAUCCGUCAAAAGCAUCAGUCCCUGAACUUCUUGAGGAUGAGCGCCCGUGUGGAUGCAGUGGCGUCCAGGGUCCAGACUGCUGUCACACUGAACCAGGUAUCUAAAUCCAUGUCUGGGGUGGUCAAGAGUAUGGAGGCUACACUGAAAAGCAUGAACCUGGAGAAGGUCUCCGCAUUAAUGGACAAGUUUGAAAAGCAAUUUGAAACUCUUGACGUGCAGACCGCUCAGAUGGAAGACACGAUGGGCAACACCACGACUCUGACGACACCUCAGAACGAAGUGGAUAUGCUGUUGCAUGAGAUGGCUGAUGAAGCAGGUUUGGAUCUUAACCUGGAGCUUCCUUCAGGCCAGACUUCCUCACUGGCCUCCACUGUGGCCUCAACAGAGCAGGACGAGCUCUCCCAGAGGCUGUCCAGGCUGCGAGACCAGGCGUCAUAAUGAUGCAGAAAAGAACAAGAGUUGGAGGAGAGAGAGAAGAGCAAGAGGAGCAAAAAGAGGAAAAAGAACAAACCAAAAACAUACUACAUGCCUGCAAAGCUCUGUGCUCUAUUUUUUGUUCCAGGUAUUUUUCUCUUGCAAGGAAUAGAGAGAAGUUGCCUCAUAGCAGGAGAGGAUUGUUUUUAGAGAGGUGUUGUUUACAGUCCUGGUAUUCAUUACAUCACCCUAUGACAGCAUUAAUUUGCACGUUCAUAUUUAAAAUGUAUUUAUUAAUAUUUAUUAGCUCAGCAAUAACACGAUGCUAUGUGUUAAUUUGUUGUUGUUUUAAUUGUGUAUUGUUUAAUAGCCAAUUGGGCUAUUCAGUAUGCACAACAUUUAUUUAUGUAUGUAUUUAUGUAUGUAUUUAUUUACUGAUGGAGAAUUGCUCAGGGCAUGUUUUGACCGCAUGCCUGAGGAUCUUUCCUGGUGCAUCUCUGUGUUUUGCUUCCAGUUUUGGCUGCAACUCAAACUCUUUUUUUAAAUAUUUAAUCCAAAAAGAGGUCUCACGAUAAAUAUUUGCCUUGAAAGAGCUGGAAUAUUUUUGAUUUUCUUUAUGUAACCGUAACCACUGUGGUGGAUCGCAAUGCACUUAUAUACACAGACAGAAUGUCAUUAAAAGAAGUUUCAACAUGU